UAUUUUAUGGGUCAAAUUAUCCUUUUCCGAGCCGCCAUAGCAUUCGAGUUGCAGAGCUCGCUCUCAAGAGGAAGACGAACACAGUAUGGCCUCAAAGCUCUCGCUCUUCAGCUCUACACUGACUAUAUUCCGAACGGAUUUGCUCCAUGAUUCAUUCAAGCUUUCUCCCCAAGUUUUUAUGCCCUCUCAGAACCACCACUACACCUUCCUACCCUGUAGAUUAAGGAGGAGGAGGUUUUUGGCUACUAGCGUGGUUGCAGAACAAGCGGAUGUUGAAGUUGCGAAUGGUUACACAUUGACGCAAUUCUGUGAUAAGAUAAUCGAUGUUUUCCUGAACGAGAAGCCAAAGUCUAAGGAUUGGAAGAGAUACUUGAUUUUCAGAGAGGAGUGGAGCAAAUAUCGGGAUAGAUUCUACAAUCGCUGUAGAACUCGUGCUGUUGCGGAAAAUGAUUCUCAGAUUAAGCAAAAAUUGAUUGACCUGUCGAGAAAAGUUCAGAAGAUUGAUGAUGAAAUGGAAAAGCAUGCUGAACUCUUUAAGGAGGUGCAAGAUAAUCCCUUAGAUAUAAAUGCUAUUGUGACAAAGCGACGCAGGGAGUUCACCGGGGAAUUUUUUCGGUAUCUUACAUUGCUCUCAGAAACAUAUGACUGUUUGGAGGACAGAGAUGGGGUUUCGCGGCUGGGGGCCAGGUGUUUAUCUGCAGUGAGUGCUUUCGACAACACUCUGGAGAUUGUCGGCACAUUAGACGCCGCCCAAAAAAAGUUUGAUGAGAUCUUAAAUUCUCCUUCAGUGGAUGUGGCAUGUGACAAAAUUAAAAGCCUAGCAAAGGCAAAAGAACUCGACUCUUCUCUCAUCCUGCUGAUAAAUAGUGCUUAUGCAUCAGCCAAGGAAUCAGCUACCAUGAAAGAUGAGGUAAAAGAUAUUAUGUACCGACUUUACAAGACAACGCAAAGUAGUCUGAGGAGCAUUGCCCCAAAAGAAAUCAAGCUACUAAAGUAUUUGCUAAACAUCACCGAUCCUGAAGAGAGAUUCUCAGCUUUAGCCUCUGCCUUCUCCCCUGGCGACGAGCACGAUAUCAAAGAACAAAACGCUAUCUACACAACACCAAAGGAGCUGCACAAGUGGAUCAAGAUCAUGCUCGACGCCCAUCAUCUCAACACCGAAGAGAGUGAGAUUCGGGAAGCCAAGAAAAUGACCCAACCUGUUGUCAUCCAGAGACUCUUCAUCCUAAAAGAAACCAUCGAAGAGGAGUACUUGGAGCAAGAUGCCAGAUCAAAGAAAAUUGUUGAAACAGACGAAUCUUAAGAUUUUUACGUCACGAAACAUGUGAGGCUGCAUAGGCCGCGUGAGCAAAACAGAAAGUCGCUUAUUUUUCGCGCCUCCGGUAGCACGAGAACAGUUGCUAGCACGUAUGAAACGGUGUCUUUAAGUGCAAUGUAGCUCAGAAUCGGCCAAAUCUGCUCAACUGAAUCCUCUUGGAGCUUUGCCAUUAUUCAGUUAGAGCUACUACUGUCCCAAAUAUUAUGCCUUUGUGUUGUGUGUAUGGAUGGAUAACAAUGACGAAUAGUAGGUGAUCUAAUAUGAAAAAUAGGUAAAAAAAAAUUAAUAUUUAAUCUAAUGUUUUAAUCGAAAAAAAUAAUAAUAAUGCAUAAGUGUGACAAAUCAAUAUUAACUAAUUUGCUUUGAAAGUAGUCAUUCUCUUGUUGUGUGCUGUACCAUUUGGAAAAUGAACUGCUAAAUUAGGUAGAUGUUAUAACAUAUUACCCGAAGUAAACACCAGAAAGGAAAAUUAAUUUUGUUUUUUUUUUAAAAAAAAUAGUGCUAUACUAAUACUGCAA